AUGGUGAAAUCAAGCAAAUUCGAACAUAUAAUAAUGGAAGAAGGGUGUAAAUCGGAGGCGUGGUGGACGGGCGGUUUCGAUGUGAACUCCGGAUUCUGCCUCUUGUCUUUCUUAUAUUCUCUGCAACUGCAAAACCCAAAAGUAACCAUGUGUGUGUGUGCGCGCGUGCGUGCAUGCGUGUGUGUUUUUAAAAGUGUCACACACGAGAUUCGACCCUGUCACCUCAUACUUGCAAGUUUCACUAUACCAAUUGUGAUAUGUUACUUAUUCAAAAUAAAAAGCCAAUUGAAAGUACAUGAAGAUGAACGAUUAUUUGUUUAUUAA